ACUUUACUGUUACCUUACCAUUUACCGUAAUAUUCCAUAUCUUUUGGGCUUUCAUUAAAAACUACGAAACCCCAGGGACCACUUCUGCAAAUAAAAAAGAGACGUUAUGCGAAUCCCGCCAACAUUCCCUUCACCUUCUCAAUUAAUCCAAUUAAUCUGAUUCUCCACUCGAGCGUUAAAAAUUCCAUUCCAUUCGAUUUAUAACUGCGGAGGCCGGCCCUGGAUUUCUCUGUUGUGAGAAAUUUCGGAAUUCUCCGGCGACGGCCACCUCCGACGAUGGGCUGCGCCACCUCCAAGCUCCACAAUCUCCCGGCGGUGGCUCUGUGCCGCGACCGCUGCAAAUUUCUUGACCAAGCUCUGGUUUUCAGCCAUGCCCUCGCCGAUUCCCACUCCGCCUACGCAGAAUCCCUCACUAUUAUGGCCGCAGCUCUCCACCGUCUGUUUGACCAGGACGCCGCCGGCGAUCCGAAGGAUUCUCCGCCGGCUGUCGCCCCUUCGCCUGACAGUUCUCCCUCUGAUUCCGAUUCCGAUGAAGAAGAAGAAGAUGGGUCUUUUACUCCUGAGAAAACACGGUCUCCCCCUUCCCCAGUUGGAAAUUUCAUGUUCUCGAAUUACGACUCGGCCAGGGGACAGCAGCCGCCGCCGCCGCCGCCGACCGGCUCGUCUUGGGAUUUCUUGAAUUUCUUCGAAACCUACGAAAGAUACGAGCAGCCCGUUUUCAAUUGGGACCGGGAAGGAGGAGCAGCAGAUCAAAAACCCAGAACAAUCGCGAAGAAGAAGAAGAAGAAGAAAGUAGCCGCGGUUGUGGAUUCUAAGAACACGAAGGAAUCAAAUCAACUGGAAAAGAAGAGCGAUUCGAAAAUGGGUGUCUCCGAUGCGAUGAGAGAACUCAAGGGCUCCUUCGAAAAGGCGUCUGAAUCGGGAAAUUCCAUUUCCAAGUUGAUUUCUUAUGGGCAAAGACCAGAUUUCACUAAAGAUACAAGGAUUGGCUCGCGGGGUUUAUCUUCUACUCUGAAGAAGCUAUGCGUGUGGGAGCAGAAACUGUACCUUGAAGUGAAGGCGGAGGAGAAAUUGCGUAUGAUUUUGGAGAAGAAGUGGCGGCAGGUGAAGCAUUUGGUGGAGAAGAAGGCCGAUGCUCGGAAAGUUGAAUCUGUUCGAACAUUGAUCAGAAAUUUAUCCAUCAAAUUGAAAGUUUCGAUUCAGGUUGUGGAUAGGAUUUCGAUUUCCAUAAGCAAGUUGAGAGAUGAAGAGUUUUUGGCAGAGAUUACCCAAUUGAUUCAUGGAUUUCUCAGCAUGUGGAAAUCCAUGCUAGAAUCCCACAAGCAACAAACCCAAGUGCUAACAGAAUCCAGAACUUGGGAAUUAGCCCUGCAGAACGGGAAACUCGACGACAUUCAUUUGGAAGCCGCCAUGGAUUUGAAGCUCCACCUCGAGAAUUGGCGAACGGCUUUCUCCACAUUAAUCACAACCCAAAACGACUGCAUCAAAUCCCUCAACGGCUGGCUCCUCCG